AUGAAGACGUGCAUUCCAGAGAGAUCUUAUGUUGGAGUACAAAACAAUGGACGUGUACCCGUGACAUUGGAUCGAGCUGACUUUACACAUGAAGGAUUCUCUCUGGCCAAUGAUGUACGAGGGAUUCGACUGAAUCCAGGUGAUCGAUUCAAUGUAGAAUUUGUGUUUCUACCCAGUCAAGUGGAAUUUAAUGGAGUAAAUGCUCAUUUGAGAAUUUUAACGACAUCGGGACUAUUUUCAUUACCUAUUAGUAGCUCCGAGGUAGCUCCUAAUCGAUAUGGUGUAAAUGCCGUCCGUGCAUCGAUUCCAGCUGGAAAAUACUUUGAACAAUUACUGGAGUUUACGAAUCCGUCGACUUCUAUGAUUCGAAUCUCGGAAAUUUAUGCAUCAAGCAGCUUUGUUGAUCUAAAACUAGGUAAUGAUAGUGACUGGAUCUUUGGUCCACGAUGGCCAAGAGAAGGUGAUGAAGAGGAGUAUCUUACUAGCGAAAUUCCUGGACAAUAUGAUAAAGCGUUUGAUUAUUCUAGGAGAGCUGGUCGUGGCGCAUGGGACAUGCCUGCUGGAACAACCAGCCCGCUUAUAUCAGUGUCAGUGCAAUCGCAUGCAAUUGGUGUACAUUUAUUGUAUCUUCACAUUGCCACCAAUGAUAAACUCUUGAUGUUGGUGCCUGUGCGCAUCGCUAUUUUGAAACCUGGAAUACAUAUUGAGCCGGAGGCGGUGGACCUGGGGGUACUGACUGAUUCGUAUGAAGACGAAGCUCGUGAGCUGUUUUUUUCGUUGUAUAAUGCUGGUUCGACUCCGAUUGAAAUAUUGGAGAUUAAAGUCCUGGAAAGCAAAUUGGUCGUCGCAGCGCAACUACGAGGACCGGCAGUUAUUUUAGCGCAAACCCGAGCAUAUCAUACACUUGUAGUGCAAGUUCGUGUCAAUAGAGAUAUCAUUGGUGGUAGCUGCAUUGCGUCACUGCUUUUAAAGACAAAUGCAUCGAGCCCGGAGUUGAGGAACCGGAAACUGCGACUGUAUGGCCAGGUCGUGAAAGGCCAUUUAGCCUUUCAGCUAAACCAGACAUUUGUGGGGGUCGUGGUGCCCCUCAAACGUGUGUUCAGUGAAGAUGAAAAGGCUGCUGAUAUCAUAGAAGAAAAGGAAUCUGAGGGAAUCGCGAAAGUUGAAGAAACACUAGCUGCCGACCUCGUGUCAAUUGCUAGUGUAAAGAAUUCGAUGGCAGUUCUAGUUGGUACUAAUCAAGUUAGAACGCUUCGUUUGUGGAAUCGAUUUGAUUGCCCAGUGGAAGUACAACGAGUAUGGGUGGAUGACGUGCUGCCCGAUAACGAUAUUCUCCAGGAAGUGAUUGUACACGAAUUCCAGCAGGUCAUUGUUCCUGUUGGGGAAAGUUUACCGACAAUAUCACUGCAGAUCACACCAACAUUUCAAAACCAAGAUAAACUGGCUACGUCACGAUCCUAUUCGUUAAUGGUUGAGACAAAUGGAACGCUCGAUCGAAUUCCGAUUUACGUGUAUAAUGGUUUUUUAACUUUGAGUUCUACAAGAGGGCUCCACAGUUACCUCGUUUCCGGCUACUACAUCGAUUUACACACUGAUCGACGAGAGUCGACGGGGGAAUGUUUGUUGAUGCCAAGAGAUGGCGUAGUGCCAGCGACACCUCGCAUAGACGGUGAAAAAGCUUUAACAGAUACGAACGCUGUCCAUAUAUGUCGGUCGCUGCUGUUUGAUUUGGAUAAGGUCGCAUCACAUAAGGCUUGUAUGGAGAUGGUGGAAGUAACAAAUGAAAAUCCGGUGCCACUGACACUUUCAAUAAUGAAAGUUUCCAAGAAUGAGACGGUGGAUGUGUCAAUUGCAGCCGAAAUAUCUAAUGCUGAAUUAUUCUCACAUUUUCCGCAUAACGCUGGAGCAGGUGAUAAAUGGAACAACAUCAUCAAUUUUGUAUCAGCCGGGGAUAGUUUUGUUCUCCAGCCUGGCUACCGAGUAGUAUUUCAUAUCAAAAUAAAGGCGAAGGAUACAUUUGGAGAAAUUACGGUUCCAGUCAUGUCGCUGACAACAGAGUCGGAAGUUUUUCAUCUCUAUGCACGUUUCGUGAGUGUUCGAGGCACCAUUGAACCGGUUACGCCAGUAAUUGUUUUACCAGCGAUGUUCCCUGGUCGCAUAGAAAGAAUUCAACUACAGUAUCGUAAUACUUUCGACCAUUUGGUGACGGCAUUGAAGGCCACUGUCAGCAGUUCAAAGCUUCAGCUCUUGCCAAUGAGAGAAACCAUGGCGCCUAGAACGGUUGAAAGUGUUUUGAAUCUGAUCUUUUACCCAUGGGAGGACUCUGCCUGCGUAGGUAUGUUGUACUUUGCGGAUUGUUUGCUUCCGUUGGCAGAUCCUAUUGCAGAACACAAAUGUUAUCAGCUUUCGGACUAUGGAGAGUUUGUGAAUAAGUACGACUUGGAUGCUCUACGCCGUCGGGAUGCGUUUUGGCUCGAAAGAGCGGCAACCGGGAUCCAUUUGACCAGCGAAGCCCAGGUCCGUCUACAUACUGAUAUAAUGGAUGAUGUCGCUGAAGUCACCAUUAAGGCUCUCCUUCAGCGUCCUAUGGUGACUGCACCCUCAGGAAUGGCAUUGGAUCCCAAUAAUGAAUCUCUGACGGUAUUUGGACGCAAGGAAUUUCCGCUCACGGGACUUUUUGAGAUGAAUCACAUUUUUGUGCAUGUGCGGAACCCAAGCAACUUUUCAAUAAUGAUGGAAUUGGCCAUUGCAGAAGCCGACGACGAUCUCUUUUACUUUUGUGGCGAAGAGUCGCGGCACACACUCCAAGAAGCUGAUAGUGGCGUGAAGUACGACGACCCAGAAAUGUGUUUGGAAGAGUGGAAGACAGUGGCCGCAUAUGCAGCAGCUCGACACGAAAGUCGACAAAAGAUCGAUGUGCCUCCAUUUUACUACCAGAAAAAGAUCAUCAAGGUCUAUGCUGGAGAGGAGAUACAACUCGGGCCUAUUUACUACCUGCCCUCGAAGGUUCAAGAAGUAAGCACAAGAGUGUUUGUGCGCAAUGAUCUCACGCACAUCGAGCCUGUGUCAUUGUUUGCACAAAGUGGCAAAGGAACAUUAAACAUAUUGAUGGACGGUACAAGUGACCGCAAGUCUACGCCGUCCUAUUACACAGCUGGAGAGUCUGCUGCUGUGAGUGAGGACAAAAAACCUACACAGCGAAGCGCGCCGGUCGAACUUGAUGGAAUCCUGAGUUUUUCUUUAACUUCGGAUGAUUCAUUAACAAAUUUUACACAGGUCGCUGAGAUUGUGCUGUCUAAUACGGGCCGGUAUGGAUUAACUAUACGUAGUGUGGCGGUGGAACGAGACGAACAUGUUUUGAUGGAGUCGACAUGGACAUCAGAAUCAUCACCAAAUAGUGAUUUUGUUGUAACAUCGGACGAUUUCACUUGCGGCAGGGACGAUUCCAAAAGAAUACCAAAAGUGCUUGCUCCUGGCGAAGCUGCAAAGUUCCAGGUGUCCUACUAUGCUAGUUGCUUCACAGCCGUAUCGUCAAGUUGGCUGAUCAUCGAUACGAGCGAUAGCGUGAAGGAUAUACGGCUCGAAGGCACGAUUAGCACCGAUGCUGCCUUCACAUGCUUGCGUUCUCGGACGCCGCGUUCGUCGCAAUAUACCUUUGUCGCAGUAUGGAUGGUAGCAGUAGUGAUUGCUGUGAUUUCUAUAUUGUACACGGUAUUCCUUCUGACUCGCGACGCAUGGACUUCCGAGCUUGAACUUGUGGGUAAAAAACAAUCAGAGCAAUUUGAUGUACAUUCUGAAAACACCGACACAAACGUGGUUGAAGUGACAGCUAUCGAAAAUCAUGAGGAAUCGUCAACGACCGCCUUGGAUAACAAGAGCAGUGCGUUUCCAUAUCAGAGUCUUGCAUCAAUCAAUCGUAUCUUGGCGGAUAUGGAGCAAGUAUCUCUUGCUCCACCAGCUUGUGUGGUAAUGCCUGCAGUAGCAGAACUAUUGGAACGUCGGCGCAAGGAAUUGCACUCUACUGUGUGCAAUCGGUCCCCCCAAAAUGACCAGCUGAGUAAGAACGAUGAAGCAGGAAACGAUAAGCAGAAUGGAAAACCCACAGCAUUGACUGCGAAGGCAAAAGCGAGCACUAACAAAAAAGUCGUGCGUUCACGCGACCAAGUUCCAGCGUCCGACGAGGCGUCUACAGCGAGAAUGGCGAGUUUGCGGGACGCUCAAAAUAAAGUUUUGAAGGAGGCUGGCAGAACGGAUAUGCUCCCAGCAACGAACGCAACCCGACUUGUACCCACUCCAGACCAACAUUUCAAAUGCAGCAGCAAGAAAAGUGACAAGUCAUGGUCGGAGAAGCCAACAAAAGGAUUUUGCAGCUCGGUUUCAUCUUCACGCUCGGCUAUCGGUCAACACGAUACUGAGCAGUCGAGCCGAAUGGCAAAGCUCUCGAAUUUUUCGAUGGAUUUCUCAGGCAGUUCACAACAUGGUAGUGUGCGAUCUGCACCUGUCACUUCACCGCCGCCUAAGAAAGAGGAAACUCCAUUUGAAGCUUUCAAGUCUUUGUCUAAACGAUGGCGUACUGUAACCGAGCAAGAUGACUUGAACGAUCAUUCACGACCAGCAUUGUCAGGAAAGUUUCCGGGUUUGGAAGAAUGGCACGACACAUUGUCGUUCAACACGUUUGCUCACAAUUUGAGAGGUCCAACGGCUGGUAGAAACGGCCAUGAUGAUACUCGAGCAAGACUCUAUCAGGAUGGAUUUUCAGUGUCAUCGAUUCCUUUGCCAGUGGAAGCAAAACCACGAACGAUUACUACAAAAGCCUCACCAAGAAAAGCCCCUCCAGGAUUUACAUCUGCGGAUGCCAGACCAGUUGAGGCCCGAGCAGCUUUUGAGCGUUUUCGACCCAGUGGUGCACCAGCCUCUUCCGUCCCAAGUACAAACAAUGAAUUCACUGGCGGUUCACUGUUUGCAAACAAUUUGCCAUUGUUUGGGCCUGCAUUGCCAGCAAAAAAUGAGCAUAAAUCUCCAGUUGGAAGUGCUGGUUGCAUUGGCAGUGGACGUUCAAAAGUGUUUCGUCAUUUGGACGGUUCGCAAGAUUCGACCAAAUAG